AUGAGCCAAGACAAAGAGCCCUACCGAGAUGGGAACCGAAGGGGGCAUGAGCCGGGUCACUCGCCCGGAAGGGAGCGCCGCAUGGAGGGUCAACCGCCGCCUCCAGACAGAGACCAGCCACCUAUGCAAGAUAUGCCUGGAAUGCAUGAUCGUAGGCCACCAUCUCCAAGACCAUGGCCCGGAGAAGGCAGGCCCCGUCAAGAGCCCAUGGACCGUGGGUACAGGAUGGGCAAUGAUGGACCGCCACCCCGUGACGAUCCAAGACAUCCAGACUUCCUGGGCCCUCCAAGGGGCAUGAUGCCUGGACCACCAAUGGGACCAGGGCGAGGAGGUUGGGGCCAUGGUGUCCCUUGGGGCGACCCGCAUGUGGGCCCAGGGAGGGGUGUGAAAAGGCCCUGGGGCGAUGAGGGACGUGGACAGGGCUGGAGAGUGGGGCACAGGGGCUACCCGCCAGGGCCACCGAUGGCCAGGGAAUGGCACCAAGACAUGGGACCGCCCAGGUUUGAGCCGCAGGGCAAGUUUCCAGAUCCCAGGAAGUUCCCCAUGGGGUUUGAUGGGGGCGAGGGGUACAGAAUGAGGGGGGAGGAUGCGCCCCCGGGGGGCCCCAGGCCUGGGCCUCGGAUGGCACCGCAGCUGCCCCUGGCCCGUGCCAGCCCUGUACAUGACUGGGACGCCCCCAGGAGUUCCCAGGGCAGGGACAGCUGGGGAGACAGGGGGGAUCUGGGUGACAGGCCUCCUCCCGAUGGCCGGCACCACGAGGAGGGGGACUGGCUACCUGAUCAGCCACCGCCACCACAGCCACCACCCAGAAAGGUGGGUGGCUGGCCACCCGGCUGGAACUUCAGGACCCCUGCGCCUUGUCCAGAAGGAGAGCAGUAUGCUCGUUCCAGUGAAGUCACACCAGUCAGGGUCCGCCAGCAGCUGGAGCGAGUGCGGGUGUUGCCGGCACUCACCACAAAGGAGACUCAUGAGAAGUAUCUGCAGUGCAUUUCGAAAGAUCCAGGAGAUGCCCCCAGCCGAAAGCGAGACGAUCUGCAGAAUCUCGGUUUUGGGUUCCUGAAGUGCAACGACAACCUGGGGAUGCGCAAGGCCACAGCAGAGACUGUGAAGUUUCACGCAGAAGCUUUUGAAGAGCUUUAUGCUGAGUACAAAGCCCAGGAGUCCUCUCCUGCAUUUGUGAAGUCGAGAUCUGGUGGCUUUCUGCUUACAGAUCCGUACUUGAGAGAAUGUUUGAUGUUGUCGGCUACAGACACACAGGAAGAAGACAGAAGGAAACAGGGUGUUGCGGGGUUGGAAGUUGGUGUUGGUGUGGAGCCGGACUGGCCAAGCAGUGUGCACGAAUAA